AUGUCUAAACCAAAUAUAAGAUCGCUAUGUGAUGAAUUACAAAAAGUAGCUAAAGAAGAAUUAAAUGAAAUAGAAGAUUGCAUUGGUGAUAAUAUAGAAGCCCUUAGAGAUUGGAUUCAUAAGCAGCGACAUUUGAGAGCACGAACAGACGAUCAAUUUCUUGUCGCUUUUCUACGCGGUAGUAAAUAUAGUCUCGAAAAAGCUAAAUCGAAGAUAGACUAUUUUUAUACAUUUAAAACUUUAAUGCCGGAAUAUUGUUGCAAUAAAGUCAUUGACGAAAAAUGGUUAAACAUAUUACGUACGGGCUUUUAUAUACGCUUUCCUGUAUUUUCAAAUACGGCUGCACCAACAAUAUGCUUAUCUCGUUAUGCGAAAUUUGAUUUCAAGCGAUAUACUAUAACGGAUUUAGUUAAAUAUCAAUUCAUAAUAAUGGACUGGUUGGUUAAUAACGAUGACAACGUAAUCAUCAGUGGCUAUGUGGGUAUUAUUGAUUUGUCGGAUGUCGGCCUAUCACAUAUCGCUCAUUUCGAUUUGAAUGUACUGAAGAAAGGUCGAAUGUUUCUUGAAAAAGGAGCACCUGGACGUCUAAAAGAACUUCAUCUAAUUAAUUGUCCCAAAGAAGCUUUAACGUUAAUUAGUUUAACCAUUAGUUGCUUAAACGAGAAACUUCCAAUGAAAAUUCAUGUGCAUAAAACUUUCGACGAUUUAAGCAAACAUAUUGGUAAGGAACACUUGCCAGCGGAAUAUGGCGGAACUAAUAGUUCUAUAGAGGAAAUCAUAGCUCAAACGGAAAAAGACUUGUUAGCAUUUAAUGAUUAUUUUAAGGAAGAUGAUCAAUAUGGAGUAACCGAACAUUUACGAUUGGAAAAACGAAUAUCUACAGAGACUUUACUCGGUAUUGAAGGUUCUUUUCGCAAAUUAAGUAUUGAUUAA